AGAAGAAACUCCAGGUCACGUGAUCAGGUCGAGCGUCUUUUUUUUUUGGUCCAUUUUGGAUGGUAGCAAGACCACCGCGUACGCCAGGAAAAUGACCAAACUGCAGUUUUUAAACGUCUUUCUGACUGAGCGGCUCAUGCUCGCUGCACAGGAAAUCUACAAAUCUGUCGAGGACACGAUUUUGGAGUACCAGGAGGAGAUAGCGAUCAGGGAGCGAGAGAAUGACCAUCUGAGACGCAGACUGAGAGACGCAGGGAUUGAGAUAUGGCCAGGUUAGCUCUGCUCAACACUAACUGUGAUGCUGUGCCUCUUCAUACACACACAAAAAACAUAGUACGUGAGAUGAAAUUGAAAUGCCUGCAUGCUUGAAAUAGGAAAGCAGCAAUAGACCCCUAAAUAUCCCCCCAUUUCCACUCAACCCUGAGCUGUUAGCAUGUUAGCUGCUGUUAGCUGAUGUUGCGCUGCAGCGGCUAGCGCGUUAGCAACCUUUGUUCGUUAGCCAACAAGCUGGAUCUGCUUGCACCGGGUUAGCACCAUUAACAUGGAUAUGAUAGUACCUUUCAUGUGGUCACUGUACUAAUUAACUGUUUAUAUGUCAGGUACAGUAACAUGGGGCAGUUUGACAUCAGCCCAAAGGCUCUUGUUGUGCUACAUUUUGGCACACCUGCUUAUUUCAGUACAAACUUCUCACUUACACUGAUCACAGAGUUGCCCAAGCUGAAUUUUCAUGAAUAUGCUCUUAAUUUCAACCAAUCUGUAAAGAACAAAUUCAAACAUAUCAGUAUAGGAUCACUAUUUUAUUGUUAGCAUUGACAAAUACCUUUAUUACCUUCAGCCUGAUUUAUUGUUUUAGAGUUUCUGUAGGUGUCCUGUAGUAUUAAAUAUGAGUUUAACUUAUGAUUAUUGGGACUGUUUAAAGUGAAUUGAAGCCAAACUGCAUGUCAUCUGCUAGACUGAUGAUUAAAGAGCAUAAUUCAAGAUGUGAAUGUUGUCACUUUCAGGUAUUUUCAUAACAUGUGCGUCUGUUGACAUGUUAUUUUGGAUUUGUUGUACCUCUACAGCAUACAUGGGUCUAUUUUAUACAUUUUCUUUCUGGUAAACAAGUUGUCCUAUAUAGGUAGGGCUGGGCGAUAAGACGGUAAUGACAUAUAUCAAAAAUGAAUUUCCCUCAAUAUCUAGGGAUGGGAAUUGAUACGAUUUUCUCAAUAUCGUUGCCUUUAAAGGUUCUGCUUAUCAAUUCAAUUCUUUAAUCAUUCCCUUAUCAAUGCCUUUCUUUGAUUUACAAGUCUCUGUUCUCCUUCGCGUAGGCUCCCACUCACAAGACCGUUUUCCAAAGCAACCGGGAGAAAGGAAUCGUUAAGGGAAUCAUUAAAAUGAAAUUUAAAUGAUGUCAAUGGAUUGAACCAUUUCGAUUCCCACCCCUAUCAAUAUCAAUAUAAAUCAUGGUCAAUAUAUUUUUCAAUAGUCGUCAUUCUGCCAUAUUUUGGUAGACUAUAUGAGUAGACAAUGGGGAGUUGUUCCAGGUCCGCUUCACACUGAACCAGUCAUGUGCUAAAUUAGAACCAAAUAGCAAACAACUGCAUAGUAGCAGGCUGCAGCUACACUUAACCUCACUUUAACUUGUGAAGCCGACAGCACUGUUGGUGAGAAGAAAAGAAAAUGAGUGCUGCCCCCGGCAGAAAUGCAGAUAAAGGCUCAACAGAUGACGACAUCGUCAACAACACUGACACAAAAACGUCGGUGGUGUGGAGGUAUUUUGUUGUUUGAGGUUGGACAUGAAGCAGAGUAAUGUGCACUGCAAAUUAUGUCGAGUACAUGUUCUCACAAAGUCGGGGAAUACCUCAAAUCUUUUUCACCACCUGAAGCAGUGCCACGCAGCAGAGCAUACGCAAUGCAAAAGGUUACAAACCCCGAGCUGAGCAAGGCCCCGUGGCGCCUGUGCAGCCAAAACAGCCAACCAUUCAGUCCACUUCCUCUAGCACAACGCCUUACGACAAAACGUUGAAGAGACACAAAGACCUCACAGAUACAGUAGCUUAUUGUAUUGCAAAAUACAUGCUACCAAUAAGCACUGGUAAAUUCCGUUUUUUAUAUUGUGAUAUAUAUUGAUAUCAGCUGAUAUUAAAAAAAAAAAUACUGUGAUAAACUCUUUCCCAUAUCGCCCAGCCCUGUGUAUAGGUAUGUGAAUGAGAAGAGUCAGUGGUUAUCAUGUCUGUGUCUUGUUUCUCUCUUUUUGAGCUUUUUAAGUCUCACAAAUUUCUGUAAUAAUCUCAGAUCGCCCAUCUAUGGCACUGCUGGAUGAGGAGGACGGUGAGCAUCCUCGCAGAGAAUGGAGUCCCAGCAUGGGGCACGAGGAGCGCAUCCCCAUUCAGAUUAAAGAUAAACGGGAUCUGCGGGGUAACCAAGGAGACGAUCCUCUUCGAGGCCAUGGUUCUUGUAGCACACCAGAGAACAUGUUUACUCCUCCACGUGUUGGAAACGAAUACCCUCAAGACGGCCCCCACACGUCCAACCUUCCCCAGAGCCAAGGUGUAGAGAACAGGGAGAGGGACCCUGGAUCCCGAGGGUCCUCAAGACAUGUGAAGGUAGAGAGUGGAGGAGGCCACCGAGGCUCUGCUUCUGCUAACACCGGUGCUCAGCCUCUCGCACCGGUCAACCCAAACUGCCCAAAUGAGAACAACAUUGACAUUAUCGGGGUGGAGAAUGGUGGACAGAUGGUUGGUGCAAAGGGGGCUGGAAAUGCAGCAAACAGAGGACAGGCUUCUCACAUGCGAAACCAAGCAGCCAAUGCUGUGGACUGCCCCCAUCAAAAAUCCCCACUACAGGCCCAUAUGUCGUCAUUUUGCUGCAAAGUUUGUGGAGAGGCUUUUAGUCACAUUGGCCACCUGCAUGUGCACGUCCAAGUGCACACUCGAGAAAAACCGUACCGCUGUGGUGUGUGUGGGAAAUGCUGCAGCUCCUCUGGCAGACUCCAGGAGCACCAACGUAGCCACACAGGAGAAAAACCAUUUCGCUGCCAGAUUUGUGGAAAGGGCUUUACACAGAUGGCUCACUUGAAGGUACACAUGAGGAUCCACACUGGAGAGAAGCCGUAUAGUUGUCCUGUGUGUGGCAAAUGUUUCAGCCGCUCUGACAAAAUCAAAAGGCAUCUCCAGACCCACAGCCGUGAGGGGACUUAUUUCUCAGGACAAUGAUGAAAGUGUUUUGUCCAAAUAACUCAGCUUGUGAAUCACAUUGAUGUUUUCAACUUUCUUACAAAAAGCUAAAACUCCUGCCAUUAGGACGUGUCUUUUUUCUACUUUUCAAGAACUAGGGAUUCUGUUAUUCGAAGGGUUUAUCUAACACUUCUCCAGAACAAAGUCCCUCAUUAGAAAUUAUAUUAGCCAGUUUAGUAAGUCACUUACCUAAUUUUGUAUUUGUCACUGAGCAUUUUAACGUCUAAGACACAUUUUUAGUCUUUAGCAAACCUUUCUGAAUAAUCUAGCCUUUCUUUAGUUAUAAUUAGCAUGAUGAAGUCUUCCACACAUGCCUUGACGGUUAAAUGCAUCAAGAAUUGCAACACUGUCCAGCACAGUCAUUGACUUAUUAACCUGUAUGUUCAUGUUCACAUUUUAACAUUUGAGUUACACAUCUGCUCAUUCGACAUUACUCUUUUUGUCCAUUAAAGAUGAAUCUAAAAUGAGGAUGAGGGGUCAGUAUGUGUUAAAUUAAUAUACAUAUACUAACUGGUUUAAGACCUACUCUGAUGAAAAUCAUGUUUUUCUUGUUGUUCACAUGUUCACAUGGCAUUUUUCUAAUGCUAGAGGACAUAUCAUGAGAAAACUAAGUGCAAAAUUGCGUUUCUGCAUCCAAAUGACUGCAAACUUCUUGCAGACCCCAACAGCAGGUUCAGACACAGUGGGAUUUUCUAUGUCCAUGCUCUGCCCCCGGCGCCCUCCCCUCAGACUUUCAUUACCAGUGCUUUUUAAUGUAUCCAUGGAAAAAGGAAAAAACAGAAGCAAGACUACACAAAUGUUCCUGUAAACUGUGGCCUCCACAGACUUUUAAGAAACAAGUCUGUGAUUCACAAUGGAGAGGUAAUUUCGCACAUCUAUAAUUCAGGACUGGUGCGUCGGAGAGCGAGGGAUUCAGCAAGACAAACAAAGGGAAAACACGUGCACACUGUCCAACUUUCUCUGCAAGUUGGACAGUGUGCGCAUGUUUCCUCUUUGUUUGAAUUGCAAGAUACAAGUCUGACCAAGCACUUAUCUCAAUUUUACUCUGUCAAAGAGCUUUUUGCUCUGUAUUCUGUUACAUUGCUGCAGAGCUAAACACUGCCAUCUCACAGUUUCAGUGUUUCAUGUCGUCCAUUAAAAUAUGGACCAGUUCAUUGUGAGGCUGCUCCACUGCUUUGUGAAAAAAACAGACUUUGUAAAUUACCACUUUUCUUGAUCUUACAUGCAUUUAGGAGUUUUUUAAGUGUCCUCUUUCUUCAUGCACUAUAGCAUCGAUCUAAUAUGAUGCAGAGAUUCCCUCUCUUAUGGGGCCACACAGUAUUAGCUGAUCCCAGUCUUAUUUUAUCAGGGGUUUUAGUCUGCAAAGAUUUACAUUCUGUUUUGCACCUCAACAGUUAUUCACACAUGAAGUAUUUUAAGAGCGGCUUUAGUUGUGGUUGAUUUUUGAGACGGGAUUGUGUAUCAUGAUACCAAGUUCUUCUUCCAUUUUGGACUGAACCCCCCCCCCUGAACAGUCGAUCCUUCAGUUCCCCUUCACCUCUCAGGACCACUGCUGCAUUCAUGACAUUAGGGCACAACAGAACUAUUAAUUCUGACUUUAACAGCUGAUCAGUCAGAAACUCAGGGUUUAUGGGUUUUCCUGUUUGAUUUUACUCUGCCUUUUUUGUAGGGAAAGAACGUGAAAAUAAAAAUGAACAAAAGAUUACAAUUUCCAUCUGAAUGUCCUGCAAAAAAAAAAACGGAAGAGAUGUAAAACUCAAAGAGUGUUGUGACGCUAAAAUGUUGCGAUUGAAGAUACACCAGCGAUACGUUAGUGUGAUGAAUGCAGCAUCAAAUACCCACAUGUCCUCACAGCUGACCAGCAGCCCUUCACUCCAAGUCUUCUCUGGGACUCCUCUGCUCCCUCUGCGCACACUCUACUGUACAGUGUUGUAUCAUUGCAUAUUAAAUGUUAUUUUUUAAUAAAGUAGUAAUUGAGUAUUCA